AUUCAUUGAUAGAAACAUGGAUUAGUGGCGCAUAGAAUAUUGUCGUAGGCGGUUUCCUUAAGUUGUAAAGCACUUAUUUCUACGGAACAAAAAUGUAUUGGUUUGCAGUUUAUGUAUUUGCCGUUUAUUGUUUUACUAGUGUUCAUUUAAAACAAAUACCCAGCUACAUUCCAAUAUGCAAGCGAGACCAGAGUACAAUAGAUGAUUGCGUGCGUCACUCCAUCGAAGCGCUGAGGCCAAGGUUGGCUGCCGGCUUGCCUGAGCUUGAAGUGCCGGGCAUAGAUCCUUUCUACAUACCCGAGCUGAAAGCACCCGGGAAUAACCCUGUAAAUGUAGCGGGCAAGGAUCUAAGAGUAACUGGUGUAGGCAAUUUCACGAUUAAAAGUUUAAGCGUGGAUCUGGAUACUUUGACAAUAAAGGUCCGUCUACGUGUUCCGAAACUGCACAUAGAUGGCGCUUAUAAGAUAGACGCCCAAAUUUUGGGAUUGCCGCUCCGUGGCGAAGGAAAUCUUAAGAUUGAAGCCGUGAAAUGUGAUGCGGAUGUUGUUAUAUUCACUGAAAUCUACGAACAAAACGGUGUCGAGUAUUUAAGGUUCACCAAAUUGGACGAUAACAUCAAUAUAAAGGAUUAUUCUAUCAGAGUAGAUGGACUUUUCAACGGGGACCAAGCUUUAGGAGAUGCCACUAAUGCAGCCCUUAACCAGAACCGAGGCGAUUUCAUAAAAGUACUCAAGCCUACUAUCGAGAAAACGGUCUCUGAUUUACUACUAGAGAUAUCCAAUAAAGUGGUAGAUGGUAUUGCUUACGACGAAGUCUUGCCUAAACCUUAAUUUAAAAUAUUUGAUCAAAAAUUAUUUGUUGAAAAAAAAAACGUAAAGUAAAUAAUAUAAAUUUUUUGUUACGUAAUGCAUAUAUAAGUACUUUUAAGCAAAAUAGAAUGACAAACAAGCUGACGGACCGCCUGAUGGAAAGUGGUAACCAUCACUUGUAGACAUGGAACAUAUAAUACAGUUUUGAGUUUGAUUUUAAUACACAGACGUUUUAAUAUCUAUAAAUUCAAUGUAGGAUUUUUUUGUAAUUUUCACAUGAUUUUAUUUAAAAUGAACUCAAACUGUAUAAAAUGAAACAUAUACAUAUACGUAAGUUAUACAACUCUUUUUCUGAGUAUAAAUAUGACUUGAAAAUUUAUAAAGUACUGCAAUUAGAAUUUCUUUUUUUAUAUGAAUAUUUCUUUUGAGACUAUAUUGAUACGUUUUAGUUUUAAGUCUAUGGAAAAAUGACUCUAAAUUCUAUAAUUUAGUUCAUUUACUUAAUAUCCAUAUAUUAAUCUCAAAUUACAGUAUUACAGUAUGUACUCAGAUGCAGAACUCAGCUGUGAUUAUUGUUAAUGUUUUUAUUUAGCACUUAAUGUUUUUGACGUUAAUAUUUUGUUUUAUAGUGAAAUGUGGCAACGUCUGAUAUAUCUAUUUUAUAACAAAUAAUUUUCAAUAUUACCGACAGAUUUUCUUAAAAAGUGAGUAUAAGAUCACUUUUCAAAUAAGUAUUCAAGUAUAUUGAUAAAUUGUUGACUUAUUUUUGAAAAUUGAUAGGCAUUACAUACGUUGCUACACUUCGUUAUACAAUAAGUUCGUAGUGUGUUCUAUACACAAUUUAUAAUUGUGAAAAAAAAAAUGUAAUGUUUUACUAACCAUAAGGCAUAGAUAGGGUUGAUAAUAUUCUUUAUCUGUGUUUGGUAAUUAUUAAAUUUAUAAAUCUCAAGCAGUAACUUUAAAAAGAUGCAAAGGAUUUUUUUUUAAAUACGUGUGUGAUAUUGAUUAUCCAUUAAUAAACAAAAAUAUAUUUUACCUCAUUACUCAUUUGUAAUCAAUAUUGUAAAUAAAUAAGUUUUUUUUUUU